AUGGCGAACAUCUCCUUGGACAGCCAGUCCUUUUAUACUGCGGCAGGCCCAACACCUACGAGCCGAAAUCCGGCAUUCCUGUCAGUAGGCUACUCCAGGGACGAUGCGCUCGUGAUCUCCAGUAGCGACGAGUCUGAAUACGGGCAUGUUGACGACAGCCAGUCCGACACUUCAAAGGCCCAGGCUCUAAAUGCCAUACAAAACGCUUCGUUGGCGCUAUUUGGCAAGCUUCAACAGCCCACUGGUCACGGAUUUGUUGAAGUUCGCAGUGUUAACAGCAUCGACAGCGGCUUUAAUGCUGCGUCCGCUGCAAACGCCAACAACAAUGUCGAGAAGCCGUCCGUUGGCGAAGGGUCCGGCGUAGAUGUCGAUCCUGACGAUCAGGACGGGACCGAAGCUGAGCAGCAAGCCGACGGCCGAGAUGGCUGUCUGCGACACGACAGUAUGAGGCUGGAGGAUGAGGACGUACACCAUUCCGCUAAAGGCAACGAAAGUGAAAAGGACGAGGAAGACGAUGAUAAUUUUCGCCCGCCGCCCCCGAAGUUUGGAGAAUGGCCGUUAAAGGAUGCGAUUCUGAAGCGUGUAACGAUGCACGAGUUGGCCACUUUCCAGCUACAGUUCAUAUGGGACUUGACGAAUUACAGGUAUGAAGACUAUGCAUGA